UUUUACUUUCUUUUGAGAAAAGAAAUCGUUUUUAAAAGAAUUUUUCUCUAUCAGCAUCAAUUUCCGACAUAUUGCCGUGAAAAUUAUCCAACAAAAAAUAUGAGUAAACAAAUGUCAGUAUGACAUUCUUAAAAUAAACUCCACAAAAAAACAUCUGCCCCCUUUCGUUCCGAUUUGGAAGUUUACAGAAUUUCUGCACUUUCCCCUUCUCCUUCUUCAUCCAUGUCAGAAUUCGCUGACGGAAGCUUCAGAAAGGGAAGAAAUUCACUACUAUUUCACCUUUCAAUUGACUUGAAAAUCUGAGCUAAGAGCAGACACAGUCACGCACUGACCAGAAUAUUCUUGCCGCCGGUAGCUUCCGCGGCCGCAAUUUUUUUUUUUCCCAUCAUUAUGAAUCCGGGGCAAGUUAAAGGGGACCCGUUUCAUCGUACCCACGGUUCUCACCUGGGCUCAUCACGGAUAGACCGGGAGGAGGCCCGGGAGCAGGACCUGAUGUUCGACGCCGACAACCCGGACGAUGAGCGAUUCUUCACCGACUUGUCAAUUUUCCGCGACGACGAUGAGGAUGACGCCAGCCACACCUCUUCCGAUGCGGAAAUUCCCCCCAAUCAGCAAACCCUAUUGCCCUCUGACCCUCCCCCGGCAGACCCGGUGGUUUCUGCAAACCCUAACUCCAAUAACCCUAAUAGCAGCAACGUCGGCCGGCGAGGAAAGGCGAAACGUCUUCCCCCCAUGUACAUUAGCCCCGAGGCCCAUAUGUCUUCCUCUUUUUAUACUUUCAACAAGGAAUCCCAUUGUUUGAUGCUGCAGUGCCUCCGUGAUUGCCGGCUCGCCACCGCGGAGGAGGUCCGUGCGGCCACGCCGGAUUCUGUGCUCUCGAGCUGGAGGGCUGUCUGGAGGGACCGAAAUGAGGACACGGCUUACCUCACUGCAUGGAAGCGCAUCCAAGACAAGCUCAGUAUUCAUGUGGACCCUAUGAACGGUAAUGAAUUUCUCUGCUUCAAGACUAACUAUAAUCAGUUCAUCCCGUAUGUAGAUCAGUGGCAUGAUAUAGUGAUGAACUGUCAUUGUGAUGAUGAUUUUAGACACCUAGGGGUAAAGGAAACAGUAGAGGGAAUAAAGCAAACUUGGACUGUUGGCGCUAAAUUUUAUGGAAUUCCUGAAAGUUUUAUUAGGAGCUGUGUGCUGGCCUGCCCCAUUUGUUCGGAUGAGUCUUCAGGUUGCGCACCUCGUAACAAAAGGCGUAGAUUUGAAUACACUGAAUCCUUUGAGGUUCCAGCCAAGGAUGUCCCAACUAGGCUGCAACAGCUUGCCACUAAACAUAAAGUUGUGUUGUGCAUAAGGCAGAAGUAUAUUAGGUAUAAGCCUUUUAUGGCAGAAGUGAAAGAUUAUGCUUGUCAUAGGGCAGGUGAGCCAGCAUCCUCGAAAAAAUCCAGAAGUUUGAAGCGAGAGCCCUAUGCAUCUAAGCGAUGCGGAUGUGGGUUUCGCAUAAGAGCCAUUGUCCCAAUUUCUAAUUACAGUGAAAAGGAAAAGACAUUCAUUUAUGAGGAAGAGGGGACAGCUGUAUUUAAGUUGUAUGCGAAGCAUACUGGACAUCAACCAGGACCCCUUGAUGGGAAUGCGAGGAUAAUGCACCGGGUUGUUGGGCACAAAGGAGGAAUUAUGUUGGAGCAGGAUGCAUUUCACGGAAUGAGUGAUGAAGCAGAGAUUGAAAGAUUUGGGUUCUUAGGCAACAACGAAAAUCUUCAGCACUCUGUUUUACAUCAAAUGUGUGAAUUGAGGAACGAGCUUGGAUUUCUUGAGGGGAAAAUAGGGAAAAUCCCACCUGAGGCGUUGGCUUCUGUAUCACGGGAUUUGUAUGAUAUCGUGCAUAAGUUGAGAAACGUUGGGGAAUAUGGCUCAAAAACAAUGGAAUUGCUCCAAGAUAAGCACGAUUCGGUGGGAGUGUUGGUGGGGGAGAAUGAUUUAGGUGAAUGGGCUGAACAUCAACACUCCAGGCUAUAUGGGGAUGGCAAAAAUGUUGAGCUACUUGAUGAUGAUGAUGACAGCUUUGGGAGAACGCUUGGUGAUGUUCCUUGGGAGCAGAUUAGGACUGGUUCUCGUAUUGAGAAGGAUCUGCUUAGCGAUUCUUGUAAGGCAGAGAAGUGGUUGAGCCCAGGGGAGUUUGAUGAAAAGAGUAUGCUUGACUGUGGGGAUUCCAAGAUGACUAAACGCGUAAGGCAUGGUGAGACUCUGGAUGCAGGUCUUGGGGGUAUACAGGUAGACAACUUCUAUCCUGAAAAUCCUAAAUGGUUUGAUCCUCCCUGUGGCUUGGGCUCCAGUGCAGAUUGUGGCGAUGGUGAAUUCAGGCAUGGGGGUAUUGUUUAAAAUUCAUUACGACUGGUGAGACUCACUUUAACUUAGUACCGAGUGAUCGGUUGUUACACUAUCACCCUUGGAAGUGGGUUGUACAGUUGUGUAGACAGAAGAUUAAAAGCCUUUCCGCAGCCUUAGGUUUGUGCUUUGUGUAAUCCUGUAAAGUAUAGCCUUUAGGCUUCUUUGCACAUACCAUUAAUGACUGUUCUUAACUUGGGCCUCAAGUUUUUUUACUGGAGCCUGAAACACGAAUGUAGUUUUUAUCCUGUUGCCUAUUAUAGCAUCUUUUAUACAUUUUUUUGUGGUUUCUGCCUUUUAUCUUUUAUUAUGGAACUGUUGGCAUACAUGAUAUCAUUUACUUCUCUAGCAUGAAAGGUUCUAGACUAGUUUACCUUUUACCUGGCUCUGUAGCCUUUUGAAUUCGCUCCCACAUUGGCAUAAAGCAUAAGGCUACUACUUCCCAAUACUCCCAUCGAAUAAGUAAAGUUGUAUGAGUUGACCUCAAAUGGAUCAUAAUGAUAAUGGGAAGCGUUUAUAUUCAGGUUUUGUGCUUUUUUUUUUUUUUUUUU